GCCAGAGCAAAAAGGAGGUCCAAGGUUUGAAGGAAGCUGGGGAAAAGAUGUCUGAUGAUAUUGACUGGUUACACAGCCGCAGGGGCGUGUGCAAGGUAGAUCUUUACAGCCCAAGAGGACAACAAGAUCAGGACCGGAAAGUGAUAUGCUUUGUGGAUGUGUCCACCCUGAAUAUGGAAGACAAAGACUGCAAGGAUGCUACCAGCUCCAGCCCAGAAAACGAGUUAAACCUCGACCACCUGGAAGAAAAAGAGAUUAUCGUCAUCAAGGACACUGAGAACCAAGAUCAGUCGAAGACGGAGGGAUCUGUGUGCCUUUUCAAACAAGCUCCCUCUGAUCCCAUAAGUGUCCUUAAUUGGCUUCUUAAUGACCUCCAAAAAUAUGCCUUGGGUUUCCAACAUGCACUGAGCCCUUCAGCCUCAAGUUGCAAACAUAAAGUAGGAGACACAGAGAAUGAACCUCAGAAAUUAUUCCCUGGGAACUGCUACAGUGUCUACGCUGAUCACCUAAACAUGGAUUAUACGGGAAAUGGACCUCAAAGAGUACAUCUAGAAAUGGCAGCAUCCAAAAACACCAACAAUAACCAAAGUCCUUCAAGUCCUCAAGCCAAAUCUUCAAGUACCCAGAGGUCAGUUGUCUCCCCUGAAGGAGAAUGUUCUAUGGAUGACCUUUCCUACUAUGUCAACCGACUGUCUUCUCUGGUAAUCCAGAUGGCCCGUAAGGAAAUCAAGGAGAAGUUGGAAGGUGGAAGCAAAUGCUUCCAUCAUUCAAACUAUCCACCUUCUGGGGACAAAGGGAAGAACAGUCCCCGUAGUGCUGUGAGCAAGAUUGCUUCUGAAUUGGCCCACGAUGCUGUGGAACUGACCUCAACAGAAAUGCGUGGCAAUGGGGAGGAGGAGUACAGGGAUGGUGGCAGGAAAACCUUUCUGUACAGUGAGUUGUCCAACAAGAACAAGAGUGCAGAAAAACAGAUGUGCCCAAGAGAUAGUAAAGAGUUCGCAGAUUCCAUUAGCAAGGGGCUCAUGGUUUAUGCCAAUCAGGUGGCAUCUGACAUGAUGGUCUCUGUUAUGAAAACCUUGAAAGUGCAUAGUUCCGGAAAGCCAAUUCCAGCCUGUGUGGUCCUAAAGAGGGUGCUGUUAAAGCACACCAAGGAAAUUGUGUCUGAUUUGAUUGAUUCCUGUAUGAAGAAUCUGCAUAAUAUAACUGGUGUCCUCAUGACUGACUCAGACUUUGUCUCAGCUGUCAAGAGGAAUCUGUUCAACCAUGGAAGACAAAAUGCUGCAGAUAUCAUGGAGGCCAUGCUGAAGCGCUUAGUUAGUGCCCUUCUUGGAGAGAAGAAGGAGACUAAGUCUCAGAGUUUGUCAUACGCAGCUUUGAAAGCUGGAUCCCACGAUCUCAAAUCUAAGAAUCAGAGUCUUGAAUUCUCAGCCAUGAAAGCUGAGAUGAAGGGGAAGGAUAAAGGCAAAAUGAAAGAUCAGUGCAAUUCAUUGACCAGUGCUGAGAAAGUUGGUGAACAUAUUCUCAAGGAGAGUCUGACUAUGUGGAAUCAAAAGCAGGGAAAUCAGGGCAAGAUGAGUAACAAGCUAUGCUCAAGCAAAGAAGAUAAAAGAGAAAGGAUCAGCCCUUCCACAGAUUCAUUGGCCAAGGACCUGAUUGUAUCUGCCCUUAUGCUGAUCCAGUACCAUCUGACCCAGCAAGCCAAAGGCAGAGACUCAUAUGAAGAAGAUGGUCCCAGUUCCACCAUGGGCUAUAUGAGUCAGAGUGCCCAGUAUGAAAAGUGUGGAAGUGGCCAAAGUACCAAAUCGCUUUCGAUGAAACAUCUGGAAUCUCGCGGAGGUCCUGGACCAUCUACCUCUCCAAAAGACAGUCAACAGAUGGACUCCCAGAAACUGGACAUGUCAAACAUCGUUCUAUCACUGAUUCAGAAGCUGCUUAGUGAAAGCUCUUUCAACAGUGACGAAUUUGAAGGUUACAACAAGAAUUCUGACACCAGGACAAGCAAACUAAGCGCCAUGUCCAAGAGAACUGAGAGAGGGGAAGAUCAAUGCCUGGACAAUCAAGAACUGGACUUUAUGAGUGGGAUGAAGCAAGUGAACCGCCAAUUCAUAGAUCAACUGGUAGAAUCUGUGAUGAAGCUCUGCCUCAUCAUGGCCAAGUACAGCAAUAAUGGGACAGCCCUGGCUGAGUUAGAAGAGCAAGCAGCCUUGGCGAACAAUUCCAAUUUCAGCUCUCGAUGUAGUCAUGUAGGUACCAUGUCCCAGAACUUCCAGGACUCCCCAGGGCCAGAAGUGAUCGUGAAUAAUCAGAGCUGUACCAGCAGCUUGCAGAAGCAGCUCCAAGCUGUCCUGCAGUGGAUCGCAGCCUCCCAAUUUAACGUGCCCAUGCUCUACUUCAUGGGAGAUGAUGACGGACAACUGGAGAAGCUUCCCGAGGUUUCAGCCAAGGCAGCAGAGAAGGGGUACAGUGUGGGAGAUCUGCUUCAGGAGGUCAUGAAGUUUGCCAAGGAACGUCAACUGGAUGAAGCUGUGGGUAACAUGGCUAGGAAGCAGCUGUUAGACUGGCUGCUCGCUAACCUGUGA